AUGAAAGAAGUUAUGAGUACAUUAAAUACAGUUUUGAAGAAGCCGCAAGACGAUUUCGAUCGUUAUGGCAAGAUUCUUGCCAAUAAACUCCGUAAGCUAUCUGAAAUUGAUAGAUUAAAAACGAUGUAUGAAAUAGAUGGGUUGUUUGUUAGACGUGUCAUAAACAAUGUGCGGCCCUCAUCGACAUGUUCUUUGUAUUCUGAACCAACAUUAACAAUUGAAAACCCACGUACGAGUACAUCACAUGCACGGCCUGCAUCGUCAAGUACUUCCUAUUCAGAUUCAGGAGUUCAGAUUCACAUGCCGUAUUCAUACCCAGAUAACAAUAAUAGAAUCCACAUUGUAUCUAAUGAAGUGAGCUCCCCAAUGUCAGUCGAUAUCCUCAGUAGAAACCGCCUCAGGGGCUGCUUCAGAGGCUGA